ACAUAGAUGAGAUUCCUCACAAAAUGAAAUCGAUUGGGAUAAUAUUCAAAUAUUAACUAAAUAUUAACUAAAUAUAGACCAAGAACAUUCCUAUAGUAAGAGACUGAUUUUAGAGAUGCUUUAUAUUAAGAGACAAAAACAGGAACUAAAUUUCCCUCUUCUUUCCUUCUUUUUUUUCCCUCUCCACAUUUCCCUCUCCCUCUCUCUACCUUAGUGCUUUGGGUUUGAGAACUGGUUGUUAGUUGCUAUGCUAUCACUUGUAUUUUAUUCACUGAUGUAUUAAGUUAAGGUUCUAUAUUUCUAAGUAUAUUAGUUCAUCAAUCUCUGAUUUCUCCAAAAGUGAACAUUAUUUUACUUUUGUGAAUCAACAAAAACUUUCUGUAAAUCUUUUGACACGACGUCUCUCGUAACUAAUCCAAUUGCACUUUAGCAGUAAGAUCGAUAGUUUUAUUAAAGGCAAUAAACAGCGGCAAUGACGUGACAAAACGGAUUGUAGAGCUUCUGUUGUCGCUAUUAAAUGUUCUUGUCGACCUUUGUUCUUAUUACAAGGUGAUUUGAGUUCUUUGAAUUGUUUAAAUUGAGCGUUAUAUAAAAACGUCAAUCAAUCACUUCAAUGUUAAAGCUGACAAAUACACUUUUAAUAUCUCAAAAGUGAAAACGUGAUAGCACUUUGUAUGCUAUAAAAUUAAUCGACAUCAUGAUUCUAACUGUGAUAAGGAUCUUACUGAAGGGCUUUAUGUUCCUUCUCUAUUGUUUGCUCAGCCCAUUUUUCAAAUUACCAGGCUUGAAGAAAAAACAACAAUGUUCACUGAUUAACAAUCCAAUUUUGUUGCAAUCAGCGACGGACAUCGCGCGGAAAAUUCGCAAAAGAGAAAUAAGUUGCGAGGAAGUGAUUAUCGCGUAUAUAGAGCGAUGUAAGGAAGUGAAUCCAUUGAUCAACGCGAUUGUGGAGGAUCGUUUUGAGAUGGCUAUUCAAGAAGCGCGCGAAAUCGACGAUUUUCUAAAGUCAACAACGAUGGACGAAGCAACAAUCAUAAGCAAAAAACCACUGCUCGGGCUGCCUAUCACGGUAAAGGGAAGCAUUGCUGUUCAAGGGAUGAGUUAUACUGUAGGAGUGAAGGACACUCCCUCGAUAGCGACGCGUGAUGCUGACGUCGUGACAAAGAUUCGUAAAGCCGGCGGGAUUCUACUUCUUGUCAGUAAUACGCCAGAGCUAUGCUUGUGGUGGGAUACGUUCAACAAAGUGACCGGCAUCACCAGGAAUCCUUACGACACACGGAGGACCGCUGGCGGCUCUUCCGGUGGUGAGGGUGCUCUUCUGGGCGCUGGCGCUUCCCUUCUGGGCUUGGGUUCAGAUAUUGCCGGAUCGGUCAGGAUCCCGGCAAUGUUUUGCGGUGUAUUUGGUCAUAAACCUACACCAAAUUGGAUUUCGAUAGAGGGCCACAAGCCAAGUGCGACUGAUGAAUAUUGGCCCAACUAUUUUGCAAUUGGUUCAAUGGCCAGAUACGCCACUGAUUUGCCUCUUUUGUUGACAGUGAUGUCACAAUCUAAUGACGCCAGAAUUGGUUUCAACAAGAAAGUGGAUAUGAAAAAAAUAAAUUUUUUUUAUAUGAAUAAUAGCGGCUCCAAUAUAACAAACUGUGUACACAAUGAUAUAAAAAAUGCAAUUUAUAAACUGAUACAACAUCUGGAGGUUACACACAACGUCGAAGUGCACAAAACACAUUUGGAAAGUAUGAAGAUGUGUUUUGAGAUAAGCAUAGCCAUCCUUCUCAAUAACAAAGGUGUAUAUUCGAUGUUCAAUCGCUUGGAUGAUCCCAAGAAAUCGAAAAGUGUAUUCACGGAAUUUCUAAAGUACAUAUUCUUCAUGUCGUCACAUAGUUACCCCGCCAUAUGUUAUGGUAUAGUAAGCAGUUUGGUCCAAAAACUUCCGCGCUCAAGUUAUAACAAAAUGAUGGAGAAAAGAGCGCAAAUAAAAAAGCAGUUAGAGGAAUUGCUAGGCGAUAACGGAGUGUUAAUCUUUCCAACUUUUCACACAUCAGCGUUUUAUCAUAAUGAGAUCUUAUACAACUUGAACAAUGUUACUUACAUGAUAGUCUUCAAUAUGUUAGGACUACCAGUUACGCAAUGUCCGCUCGGCUUCGACAAAAACCAAUUGCCAAUUGGAGUUCAGAUUGUCGCAAAUCCAGGUUGUGAUCAUUUAACAAUUGCUGUAGCACAAGAGAUUGAAAGGAUAUUUGGCGGUUGGCGACAACCUAUGGAAAAUAAAGAAUCUAUUUGUAAACCUAUUUAGUGUAAUUGUUGAAGAAACAAUAUUAAUAUUAUUCUCAAUUGAAAUUAUAAUCUAACAUAUUUUUUUAUACAUAAAUGUAUAACUGAA